AUGAAGCAAAUGGGCUUCGAGGUAGGAUUGCUGGAUUUGGACAUUUAUGGUCCUUCACUUCCUGAACUGGUGCGGUGGGGAGCCUGGACAUGGCACACGGCUGGACACCCACAGACCGGCUUCAACUUUGGAGGACAGGUGUCCCUGGUAUCCCUGGUAUCCCUGGUGCCUGAAUCCUUGCUUCCCAUGCGUAUCACUGUGUUGGGUCACCAUGGUUGCCAGUACGAUUCCUGUAUCCAUGAGGAGGAAACUUCCAUGCGUCGCAGCAACAGUUGGUCUUACGCAGAGAGGUCAUGGGACCAUCAAGAGACACCUGACCACGGCUAUGGAGCAAUGGAGGAAAUGGAGAUUGUUGAGCAGAUGGAGGUUGUUGAGAAGGUGGAGAUCGUUGAGACGAUGGGGGCCGUUGAGGAGAAGGCGGACCAAGAGACACAGCCAGCGCUUUCUUCAGAAGCUGUGUCGCAGGUUUCGACUAUCCGAGACGACAAACCCUGUGUCUACUUCAUGAGCCAACGUGGAUGUGAUCGGAUGUGCGGUUGGUCUCACUCGUGCCAAGAACUUCGUAUGCGGGGGAAGAAGAAACGUCCCUUGAAGCUAACGAGAGACAAGUACAAAGAACAGGUUCGACGUGCUUUGGAGUUGGAGGAACCAGAGCGCCAGAGCGAACUGCAGCGCUUGGUAUUGCAUCACGCUUACCUUCGGAAGGUGAUCAUGAAAAUGUUAGAUGAAGUGCAUGACACUGACGAAGACUGA